AUGUCGAGCGGCGCGACGGGCCCAUCCCCGGCGGGAGCGGGUGGGAUGGCGGCGCGCUUUGGCGGAGGGCGGCCUUGCCCCGGCGCGGACAGCGGGAACGUGUCCCAGAGCCACAGCAGCGGCCUCCGCCUCGGGAAGCCGAGAGACGAGGACGCCUCGAGGUCGUCGCUGAGCGCCACCGCGCCGCCUACUCCGGCGUACCUGCUCGGCACCGGCAGCCUCUUCAGCGAGCAGAUAGAAAGCUUAGACAAGAGUCUAGAAGACUUACUGACCAGAGUGGAUGAAUUCGUGGGAAUGCUGGACAUGAUUCGGAGUGAUUCCUCUCAAGUUGUCAAUGAAAGUAUACCUCAAAUAUACACAAAAGCAAUAGAAAUGAGGCAGAUAUAUAGGAAGAUUGACAAACUAGAGGCUUUUGUGAAAAUGAUUGGAAAUAGCGUAGCUGGACUGGAAGAGCGGGUCAUAAAGGCAGAAACAGACCUUGGAGCUUUUCCAAGCACAUUCAAGAAGAUCUUGCACACAAUCAGCAUACCAUCCUUCCUUAAUAAAUCGUCUUCCUCGCGACAACAACAGACGCUCUAUGAACCUCCAGUCCUCUUCAAGACUGAAGACUAUUUUCCAUGUCUUAAUGAAGCACCUUAUUGAUGAUUUUUGCUUUGGGAUUGAUAUGAAUCUGCCAGAAUAGAGACAGCCAAGUGAACAAAAGAAAUGCUAACCUCAAAACAGUGGCAUUUCUGGGCACUGUUGAUGCCAUAUUGCCAUUCUCGUUCUCAUUGUCUUCCUUCAGACAGUAUUUUCAGGUAAUCUUUGUUUGUGUUCAUUAUUUCAAAAAUCUUCCUAAAACACCAUAUAAAUUUUCAGAUUAUUUUGGGGAGAGAAUUUAAGAAUACUUCACCAUUAAUUUUUUAUUUAUGGGAAAAUAUUAGGAAACAUACUUUUAUAUAUAAUUCUUUAACACGUAAAUGUUUGUGCUGCUGCAAGUGUAAAUAGCUAUACCACAAGGAUGGUUGUUAUUUUGGGUUUUUUUCUUAAUGUAAUGAUGGAGGUGAAAGAAAAACUAUGCAUAAAACCAUCUACUCCAAGGUUUGAGGCCUGGUCCCUGCAGUUUGUACAGAGAAAUGUACCACAUUGGGGUAUACUAGUUGCAAGGGGAGGAAGGGGAAGCUCAUCAGGGACAUGACUGGAUCAUAGAAUCGUAGGAUCAGCUGGGUUGGAAAGGACCUCCGAGAUCAUUAAGUCCAACUCUUGAUCCACAUGACCUAGUCCCAGUUCACAAAGCAAACAUCCUGCUCCCACUGACCAUCCUCAGAUCACAGUGACCAAGCCUCUAAUUAGUGCAUCAUUGUAUUGUUUGAUGUGUAGCCAGGUGGACAUGAGGUAGAUACAUCUAUGUCUAUAGAUACAUAUAAAACAAACAUGCUGAAAACUUGAGGCAGGGAUGUGCCUGACUGAGCCUUAGUCAGGCACCUCACCAGACUGUUUUCUUUUCCCUCACAACUCUCCAUGUGGUUACUGGGACUUGCUGAUUGCAAUUUAUAUUGUCAAUAAACUAAUAGCUAUCUAAA